AUGGCUACAUGGCUUUUAUUGACUCCUGCUCGUCCCAGUACCACGAGCGUCUCUUUCACUAAGACUACCACGGUAGUACGGCCGGUUGGCCACGCUGCCUUCACGCGCAUCCAUACCAUCAUCCAGUCAUCUGGAUUAGAGUACGUCAAUCGCCAUGGAGAGGUCAAAGAUGGAGAAGCGUCCCCUCAAAUGUCCGACAAAGCCAAUGACGUCAGCCUCAUCGAGCCAACCGUCGAUAUCUCGCGGCGAUAUGGUCUUCAGUCUUCAGCACGCGAAGACCAAGGGUAUUUACUGUCUAUUUUUUUGGAAAUAUGCUGGAUCGACCAACUUGUCAAGGAAGGCUCGAAUUGCAUGGAAUAA